UGGACGGUAUUAGCCGCUAGUGGUUAUUGCACGUUGCGUCCACCAGGCGGCGCUGUGCGACCUUCCCCGAGCCGCGCCGCUGACUGAACUCCACUGACGUCACUGAGAGACGCGAAAGAAGCAAAGAAGCGCUCGGAGGAAACGCGAGGACAGAGACACAGCAAGCGAAGCGUCCUCCGGUUACCGCGUGCAUACGAUCACUGUCACAGAGAGGGAGAGGGAGAGAGAGAGAGAGAGAGAGAGACGGCGGGAGAGUGCACUCCUCUGUCCCGCUAUGGCUGAUCUUAUCCACAUGCACGACUCUUCCGCUGCGCUCGUGAACCGGUUCGCCCGCAAAGGCGCGCUGCGCCAGAAGAACGUGCACGAAGUAAAGAACCACAAGUUCAUCGCGCGCUUCUUCAAGCAGCCCACAUUUUGCAGCCACUGCACCGACUUCAUCUGGGGAUUUGGCAAGCAGGGAUUCCAGUGCCAAGUGUGCUGUUUUGUGGUGCACAAAAGGUGCCAUGAGUUUGUCUCGUUCUCCUGUCCUGGGGCUGACAAGGGGCCAGACACAGAUGAUCCAAGAAGCAAGCACAAAUUCAAGAUUCAUACCUACGGCAGCCCCACCUUCUGCGAUCACUGUGGCUCGCUGCUGUAUGGACUCAUCCACCAGGGGAUGAAAUGUGACACAUGUGACAUGAAUGUACAUAAGCAGUGUGUGAUGAAUGUGCCAAGCCUGUGCGGAACAGACCAUACCGAGCGCAGAGGACGCCUCUUCCUCAAGAUUGAGGUCAGCGGAGACAAACUUCACGUGACAGUUGGUGAGGCCAGAAACCUGAUUCCCAUGGACCCUAAUGGCCUCUCGGACCCAUACGUGAAGCUGAAGCUGAUCCCUGACCCCAAGAAUGAGACCAAACAGAAGACACGGACCAUCCGCUCUUCUCUCAACCCCACAUGGAACGAGUCCUUCACCUUUAAGCUAAAGGCCACAGAUAAAGACCGGCGGCUGUCAGUAGAGGUUUGGGACUGGGACAGAACCACCAGGAAUGAUUUCAUGGGAUCCAUGUCGUUUGGAGUGUCAGAACUAUUCAAGGCACCGGUGUGUGGCUGGUACAAGAUGCUGAACCAGGAGGAAGGUGAAUACUACAAUGUGCCGAUUCCAGAUGUGGAUGACAUUAACUUGGAACUCAGGCAGAAGUUUGAGGCCUGUCAGCUAAAUAUCCACUUCCUAAAGAAAGCAAAGUUGGGCCCAGGCAAGAAAGUGAUCACACCGUCAGACCACCGGCGCUUCAGUUUUCCCUCCAGCAACAUGGACAGGGUUCGACUUAACGAUUUCCACUUCCUGGCACUUCUAGGAAAGGGCAGCUUUGGCAAGGUAAUGCUGGCGGAGAUGAAGUCCACAGAGGAGCUGUAUGCAAUCAAGAUCCUGAAGAAGGACGUUGUGAUCCAGGACGAUGAUGUGGAGUGCACUAUGGUUGAGAAGAGGGUGCUGGCACUGAGGGACAAGCCACCCUUCCUCACCCAGCUCCACUCCUGCUUCCAGACAGUGGAUCGGCUCUACUUUGUGAUGGAGUACAUUAACGGAGGAGAUCUGAUGUACCACAUCCAGCAAGUGGGCAAGUUUAAGGAGCCUCAGGCCGUAUUCUACGCUGCUGAGAUUGCCUUGGGCCUGUUUUUCCUGCAUAGGAAGGGAAUCAUCUACAGAGACCUGAAGUUGGAUAACGUGAUGUUGGACUCAGAGGGCCACAUUAAAAUAGCAGAUUUCGGCAUGUGCAAGGAGAACAUGUAUGAAAGCAUGACAACACGCACCUUCUGCGGUACUCCAGAUUACAUCGCCCCAGAGAUCAUUGCAUAUCAGCCUUAUGGAAGAUCAGUGGACUGGUGGGCUUAUGGCGUACUCUUGUAUGAGAUGCUGGCUGGGCAGCCCCCGUUUGACGGUGAGGAUGAGGAUGAGUUGUUCCAGUCUAUCAUGGAGCACAAUGUCUCCUAUCCCAAGUCCAUGUCUAAAGAAGCUGUGUCCAUCUGUAAAGGACUGAUGACAAAGCACCCAUCGAAGCGACUUGGCUGUGGUCCAGAAGGGGAGAGAGACAUUAAGGAGCAGGCCUUCUUCCGCAGAAUUGACUGGGAACGACUAGCCAACCGAGAGAUUCAGCCACCAUUCAAACCCAAAGUUUGUGGCAAAGGGGCGGAGAACUUCGACAAGUUCUUCACACGCACCCAGCCCAUGCUGACCCCACCAGACCAGCUGGUCAUCGCCAACAUCGACCAGAGCGAGUUUGCCGGCUUCUCCUACAUCAACCCACAGUUCAUCCACCCAUCAGUGCACGGAAGCGUCGUAUGAGACAGAACCGAAGUGUAACUCCCAACCACAACGAUGAUGACUAUAAACUCACAAAUCUGUCUGUAUACUGUUAAUGACCCUUUAGCAGAGCAAUUUUGAAAGUGGAGGUUUAAAUGGGAUGAUAAAUGAUUGAUAAACAGGAUGACUAGUUUCACAUGGUGCAAUACAUUAAAUAGGUGACAGUGGUUCUGAAAUCCUUAACGGUUCGAAGGCUUUAGAGCAAUGAUACCAUCACAGCCUGUUCACGUAUACAUCGAUCUGGUCACGUAUAUGUCAAUUCAAUGUAUAUUAAUGAUGCAAUACAAUGUGGAAUUAACACAACAUGGUCAAAAUUGAUCUGUUGACCUGAAAGUAUAUUUCAGAGAAGUAACAGAGAAUUGAUUGGUGGUUAGUUGAUUAAAUUGGAGCAGUGGGCAAUAUCAGAAGAUGUGCAGAACCAGUGAAAUCAUUUUAAUAUAAAAGUAUAAUAGACUGGUUUUCCUUAGUUUUUACCCCUGAAUCCAGAGCCUUGCCAUUCUGUAUGUAUGAAGCAUGUUGACAUGCUUGACUUGCUUUAAUUUUGUCUUAGCGUGGUCAGUUUCCUCUUAUCUACUGCCAUUUCUAAACUUCCUAAACUAAAUAGACAUAUAUACAUAUAUAUAUUUGUAUAUCCAAAAAAAAAAAGAUUAUCUAUUGUUAUAGGCGUGCCAAAAUACAGGUGCAUCAAAAGAUUUUAUAACUCUCACUAUGACCAUAUAUUAAUUUCGUACUAACGCUCUUAUGGAUGUAACUCGUUAUGUUAUUUUCAUCCUGACAUGGACUCUGUUGGAGUAAGUUGUUCUGUGCUCCUGUUUGCAGCAUGAAAGUCCUCGAAUGUACGUUUGAUUCCUGAUGACAUUUUGUUUGAGGUGUUAUUUCCAUCAGCCAGCAUGCUGUUAACUGUACAUUCAAGACAGACAGCAAACGGUAAACAGUGUGUGCAUGGUUGCUCUUGUAUACACUGCAGAGCUGCAUGAUAUGGAGCUGUUUCUUUCUUUCCUACUGAUUUCUGAUGCAGAGUGACCACCCUGAUUCUUCCCAACAGAUGUUGAGACAAUUAAAAUUAAUUGAGACUAUGUACAACUCAGAAAAUGACAGGGAACACACAGACACAGUGCGCAUGCAUAGUAGCCUACCAGCUAACGCAUAGACUAAGGUCCAGUGACGAAAAUUGUUGCCUCCACAUGAUUGCGACCAGUUUGCUGUUCUGAAAUGCACAAUGCGGUUCUAUGAUGCAUGUUUAUUUCUCUGUUUGUAAAGUCCAUUAGAGAACCCAAUAGACAGGCAGCAAUCUCCAGUAUCAAACCUGCUUGCGUUAUAUCGUGAGACGAAGUGUUUAUGUACUUUCCCGUGAUGGAUUCUGUGUUCUACUAUAUGCGCUGAAGUUCUUCUCCUCUUCUUUCAAAUGCGUUUUUACUUUCUUCCUGCGUUCUUUGCUCCGUGGAUACUUUCAUAUGAAGAAGUAUGUUUACUGUUACAUUAAAGCAACACUAUAUCAACGUUUUUGUAAAUACAGAGGCUGUUUCAAAAGAGAAUUAACGUUAACUGUAGAUUUUAUACCAAGAACUGAAUGUGCUUUUACAACAUUAGUUGGUUUCGACAUAUCUGUAUGCUUUAGAUAAUGUGAUUAAAGGAGACUAGUUUGGCAGAACCUUUGAUAGCUUUGGUAUUGGCAAACCUUGUUAUAUAUGUAUUUCUUGUAUUUAUCUGCACUUUUUGUCAAUGUUUAUGAGACAAUAUAAGCGGAGAAGCAGUAUCUAGUUAUGAGCGCAGUGUUUAUACCAGCGCUCCUGCACAUUGUAUUUCUUUUCGUUGUGUGCAUGUGAGGGUAUGGGGAAAUCAGAGCAUGUAACUCAAGUGUUGAAUCAACUACAAACCAUCUCUAGGAAUGGCCGUAUCAUGCCAAGUACAAAACCUGUGCCCUUUACUUUCAUGUUGUCGUUUUUGUUUCCAUCUUCCUCUUUCAUCUGGCCACUGAAUGAAGAACUAGUGCAGACAUUAGUCAAACAUUUAUAUUGAUCAAGAACAUUUACAUUGAUUCCUUUAUUGUAACAAACUGACAGCAGAAUACGUUGGCUUGCAUAAGUGUUCACCCCCAUGAACUUUUCCACAUUUUGCAAUGUAAAAACCUGGACCUGAAAUAGACUAACUUAAAUAGUCCAUAAUAUUGAAGUCGUGGAAAGUCUAUAUAGUUUAGAAAAUUAUUUACAAAGCAGAAAUGUUAAAGUAGUAAUUGCAGACAUAUUCACCCCCACUUGGUGUUCAGUGGUGCAACCAGUUGCCAUCAGAAAUCACAAUUCGUUGAAUAGGUCUUUAAAUCAAGUCCAUAUGUGUGCAGUUAUUGUGUCACGUGUUUUCAAUAUAAAUACGCCUGUUCCUGGAAGGCCCCAGAGCCUGUUAUAGAACAUGUAAGCAAACAGCAUCAUGAAGACCAAGCAGCUAUUAAACCAAGUCUGGGACACAGUUCUGAAAACAUAUCAAUCACGGUUUGGUUCUAAAAAAAUAUUCCAAACUUUGAACAUCCCACAGAGCACCAUUAAAUUCAUUUUAUUAAAAAUGGAAAGAAUAUGACACGGCUGCGACUCGUGCACGAGUGCUUAGAGGCAUUAGGCAGAGAAUGUGUAAAAGUUUAAGGGGAUAACGUAUAGCUGAGUUGUUAAGACUUAAAACUCUUGCUUGAGGGUCCAGUAGUGACUUUCUUUGCUUAAGUGGUCUGAAAUUCCAGUCUUUGUCCAUUUGCUCUGCAUUCUUUUGUGCCAAAAAACCUGUAUAUCUGUAUGGAUAUAGAAAAGGUAUUCAAAUCAACUUUGAGUAUGACCCAUCAGGAAUCCAUUUCCCCCAACCCAAUACCUCAGGAUGUUCCCAUACACAUGCACUAUUAAUGUGCCAAUGAUCUUAGUGGAUUAUUGUCUAUUUUGAUACUUUAGCAGUGGAUUUGUCCACAUUGUUUAUUAAAUUAGGACAGAAAUCACUGGUUUGGGUCUCUUGCCAUUCAACAGUAGUGUUGUGUUCACUGCAUAGCAAUGGAUAUAUUAACCCAGGCCAUCUCUUUCAUUUUUACAGCAAUACAGCUCUACCCUUUAUUUUAAAAUACCCAAUACAUCUUUAAUAAUACGUUAUGUAUUAUUAAUUAUCUUGAUUAAAUUAUUAGAAUAUAUAAACAUUUGUAGAAAGGUAUGGAAGUAGGUGCUCAAAACCAGGCAGGUGGGGUUUUAAAUAAGCAAAUAAAUUUGUGUUGGAAAAAUGAGUUUUUAGCAUUCCUGCACAUAAAAGUUUAUGAAUCUUUCUUAAAUAUGAAAAUUAUUUAAAACUUACAAUGAUGGUUAUGUCAGUGAGAUGGCACCAUAUCUUGCAAGAAUUGCAGUGUGUCUCACAUUGAGAAUGUUGGAAUUAUAUUUGUUAUUUCAACGUCUCAGAUAAUGACAAUGUCCAAAAUCUCUGUGGGUCGAAGCAUAUAUUUACAUAAAUCUUCAUAAGAGAUUCAAAUCAGAAAAUCAGCGGAUCCAGGACAAUGUUUUAGUUUGAAAACAAUAUUUUUUCCUUCUUGUUUAUAACUACCAAGCUUUGCAAAGGUUUGUCCUUAUGUUCAUUGUUGAAGAUACUGUGUAUUAAUAAAUGUUAAGGAAAUGUU